AUGGGAAAUUGCAUAGUUUUGCAACAAAAGAUUGUCAAAGUAAUGAAAACAAAUGGGAAAGUUCUUGAAUAUAAACCUCUGAUGAAGAAAGACAACGAAGUGUUACCUCUAGCACCAGAGCCACCAACAAAAGUACCUGUCAACAAGAAGGUUACUUUUGCAGAUGAAGUUGAGGAAAGUAGCAAAAAAGGUUCAGAUCAGGUUUUAAGGAUUAAGCUUGUCAUCAGUAAGAAAGAGUUGCAAGCUCUUUUGAAUGAAGGAGGAGGAUUAACAGUUGAUGGCAUAGUUCAAUAUCCUCUUCAGAAAGAACAAAUUAGCUCCAAUGAGAUGAUCAAGAAUGAUUGUAUAGGAUGGAAGCCUGCUUUAGAUAGUAUACCUGAAUUAGACUAG